GUCCCGGAGGCGCGGGCUUCCCCGGAUAGCACCAUGGCAUCCGCGUGUCUGAAAGAGAAGCCGCCCCUCCGCCCGCCUGCGAGCACCCCCUGAGCCAGCUGGUUUCUGACUCGGACUCAGAGAUGGACAGCAUAGAGCAGCUGGCGCUGGGCAGCACCGACACGCUCUCCAAUGGGCACAAGGCUGAUCUGGAGGCUGCCAAACGUCUGGCCAAGCGGCUCUACAACCUGGAUGGCUUUAAAAAAGCAGAUGUGGCCCGCCACUUGGGGAAGAACAACGAAUUCAGCAAGAUGGUGGCAGGGGAAUAUCUGAAGUUCUUCGUGUUCACAGGGAUGAGCCUGGACCAGGCCCUCAGGUCCUUCCUAAAGGAGCUGGCCCUGAUGGGAGAGACACAGGAGCGAGAGCGAGUGCUGGCUCAUUUUUCCCAGCGCUAUUAUGAGUGCAAUCCCAAUGCCAUCUCCUCUGAGGACGGAGCCCACACCCUGACCUGUGCCCUGAUGUUGCUGAACACAGAUCUGCAUGGACACAACAUCGGAAAAAGAAUGUCCUGUUCUGACUUCAUUGGCAACUUGGAAGGGCUCAAUGGAGGCACCGAUUUCCCCAAGGAGCUGCUCAAGGUAAAUUUGGUCCUCUCUCUAGCCAGCAGGCCACAGGAAUAAGGGCAAGAGAUUCGGGUGGGAUCAUAUGGAUGGCUCCAUGGGACGCACUGAAGGUGUUCAUCCUCAUGCUUGUCAAGCUGCUGGAAAAGGCAGGGUUAGUAGUGUUCCCUUGACCCACAGCUUUCUCCCUGUGGAGCUGAGGUCAGGGGAAGGGGCAGCACACCUAAGAGUGAAUGAGUGAAUGUGCUUGGCCAC